AACUGUUGUGUAAUUCCUAAUGGCUGUUACAGUCGCUCACAUGCAGCAACCAACCUUCUGACAUUCUCGGCCCGAAAUAAAGAGCAACGGUGUCCACACGAUCCCUCUCUGCACGCCAGUAGGGGAGACUUUUGCCAGCAUUAACGUAAGGUAGUUUGUGAUCGCUCAUGAUGAGGAUAGCUGUGAUUGGUCAGAGUGUUUUUGGCCUGGAGGUGUACAAGGAGUUGAGGAAGGAGGGCCACACCAUCGUUGGAGUGUUCACUAUACCUGACAAGGAUGGCAAAGCCGACCCUCUAGGCGCGGAGGCUGAGAAGGAUGGCGUGAACGUCUUCAAGUUCCCACGCUGGCGCCUGAAGGGGAAAGGCAUCCCGGAGGUGGUGCAGGUCUACAAGGCCACGGGGGCCGAGCUCAACGUCAUGCCCUUCUGCUCCCAAUUCAUCCCCAUGGAGGUCAUCGACCACCCGGCCCACGGUUCCAUCAUCUACCACCCCUCCCUGCUGCCCCGACACAGGGGGGCCUCCGCCAUCAACUGGACCUUGAUCCACGGGGACAAGAAAGGUGGGUUCACAGUUUUCUGGGCGGAUGACGGACUGGACACUGGACCAAUCCUGCUGCAAAGGGAGUGUGAUGUGGAGCCUGAGGACACUGUCAACACCAUUUACAAGCGGUUCCUCUUCCCUGAGGGAGUGAAAGGCACAGUGGAUGCAGUGAGGCUGAUCGCAGCAGGGAAUGCUCCAAAGAUCGUCCAGCCAGAGGAGGGAGCCACCUAUGAGGGGAUUCAGAAGAAAGACAAUGCCAAGAUUGACUGGAACCAGUCUGCACAGGCCCUACACAACUGGAUCAGAGGAAAUGACAAAGUGCCUGGAGCCUGGGCAGAGGUUGAUGGACAGAAGGUGACGUUCUAUGGUUCUUCUCUGCUAGACAGUGGUGCCACUGCUAUUGGGCAGCCCCUGGAGAUCCCUGGUGCCAGUCAACCCGGUCUGGUCGCUAAGGCGGGCCUGAUGCUGUUUGGCAACGACGGCAAAACGUUGCUAGUGAAGAACCUGCAGUUUGAGGAUGGGAAGAUGAUCGCAGCGGCAAGGUACUUCAGCUCGGGGAGCUGCGCUUCUGUGGAGCUCACUGAGGAGGAGAAGGCCUUCGCUGAGCAAAUGAGGGGUGUGUGGAAGAGCAUCCUUACUAACGUGGAUGCUAUCGAGGACUCCACUGACUUCUUCAAGUCUGGGGCUGCUUCUAUGGACGUGGUCAGGCUGGUGGAGGAGGUGAAGCUGAGGGCCAGUGGGUGUCAGCUGCAGAAUGAGGAUGUGUACAUGAACACCACCUUCCAGGACUUCAUCCAGAUGUGUGUGAGGAAGCUCCGAGGGGAGGACGACGAGGAGGAGCUGGUCGUUGACUACGUGGAGAAGAACAUCAACAACAUGACCAUCCGGAUGCCCCACCAGCUCUUCAUCAACGGGGAGUUUGUGGACGCAGAGGGAGGGAAGACCUACAAGACCAUCAACCCCACAGAUGGAACAGCUAUCUGUGAUGUGUCUUUAGCUCAAUCCAGUGACGUGGACCGAGCUGUAGCGGCCGCCAAGGAGGCGUUCGAGGAGGGAGAGUGGGGAAAGAUAAACCCCAGAGACAGAGGCAGACUCCUAUAUAAGCUGGCUGACCUGAUGGAGGAGCACCAAGAGGAGUUAGCCACUAUAGAGUCCAUGGACUCUGGGGCCGUAUACACACUGGCCUUGAAGACCCAUGUGGGCAUGUCCAUCCAGACCUUCCGCUACUUCGCUGGCUGGUGUGACAAGAUCCAGGGCUGCACCAUCCCUAUCAACCAGGCCCGACCCAAUCGCAACCUUACCUUCACCAAGAAAGAACCAAUCGGAGUGUGUGCUAUCGUAAUUCCCUGGAACUACCCUCUCAUGAUGUUGGCCUGGAAAACAGCUGCCUGUCUGGCUGCUGGUAACACUGUGGUCCUCAAACCUGCCCAAGUGACUCCACUGACAGCAGUGAAGUUUGCUGAAUUGGCUGCGAGGGCAGGAUUCCCCAAGGGAGUGAUCAACAUCCUCCCUGGAUCAGGUGCUCUGGUGGGCCAGCGUCUGUCCGACCACCCGGACGUCCGGAAGCUUGGCUUUACUGGCUCCACUGAGAUAGGGAAACACAUCAUGAAGAGCUGUGCAGUCAGUAAUGUGAAGAAGGUGUCCCUAGAACUGGGGGGUAAAUCUCCACUCAUCAUCUUUAGUGACUGUGACAUGGACAAGGCCGUUCGCAUGGGAAUGAGCGCUGUAUUCUUCAACAAGGGAGAGAACUGCAUUGCAGCAGGCAGACUCUUUGUGGAAGAGAACAUCCAUGACCAGUAUGUCAAGAGAGUGGUGGAGGAGGUUAAGAAGAUGAAGAUCGGAGAUCCUCUGGACCGCUCCACAGACCACGGACCCCAGAACCACAAGGCCCACAUGGACAAGCUGGUGGAGUACUGCCAGACAGGCGUGAGGGAAGGCGCCACUCUGGUGUAUGGGGGAAAACAGGUCUCCCGCCCAGGAUUCUUCUUUGAGCCCACCAUCUUCACCGAUGUCCAGGACCACAUGUUCAUUGCUAUAGAGGAGUCGUUUGGCCCCGUCAUGAUCCUCUCCAAGUUCAAGAGCGGGGAUGUGGACGAGGUUCUGCGGAGGGCCAAUGCCACUGAGUAUGGCCUGGCAUCAGGAGUGUUCACCCGUGACAUCAGCAAGGCGCUGUAUGUCAGCGAGAAGCUCAACGCCGGCACCGUCUUUGUCAACACCUACAACAAGACGGACGUGGCUGCUCCCUUCGGCGGCUUCAAGCAGUCCGGCUUUGGCAAAGACCUGGGACAAGAGGCUCUUAACGAAUACCUGAAGACCAAGGCUGUCACUGUAGAGUACUAAAUAUACAGCUCUGUAAAAAAUUAACAGACCACUGAAAAAUUAUCAGUUUCUCUGGUUUUACUAAAUUUUUUACAGAGUUGUAUAUAGAGAGAUGUGUGGUAGCUACCCACUGGGCACAGACGUCAGCUCAACAUCUAGUUUUGAUUUACCUUUGGUUGAGUUGUCAACUAACGCGAAUUCAACCCAAAAAAUUCACCAUGUCAUUGGAUUUAGGUUAAAAGUUUGGUAAAAAAAAGAAAUCUGUUUUUGCCAAUCCAAUCAUUUUUUUCCUGUUGAUUCAACGUUAACACAUUAUUAUAUAUAUUUUUUUAAAUGGCUUGGAAACAAUGUUGAUUCCAAACAGUUUUUGCCCAGUGGGUAUUCUCUCUUUAUAAUCAGACCAUAUGUCACUAAGCAAAUUCCUGAACUAAAUGUGAAUGAUAGACGAGGUAGAAAGGAAACGUAAUACCUCCACAUGCCCUGAUGAACAAUUCUACUUGUAAUUCAGUCUUUCUGAAAUGUGAUUAACCCUCUAAUAUUUCUUAGUGCUGUUUAGCACAAUUACUUAUGAAAUGUAAUAUUUUUAUGGAUGAGAAAUUCCAUGUGAAAUGAUAUCCCCCUCUUAGAAAUAAGAAAUAUUCACAUUAUGUUGUAGCAGUUGGUCAACACUGGUAAAUCUACCAACAAUGUUUGAAAAUGUCAACACCAGUGGUUCCCUUUUAUAGUCUUGUACCUCUUCAAACAUUGUGUGUGUGUGUACCCCCUCUAGCACCAGGGUCAACGCACUCUCAAAUGUUGUUUUUUGCCAUCAUUGUAAGCCUGCCACACACACUAUACGAUACAUUUAACAUAAGAAUGAGUGUGUAUUUUGUUACAACCCUGCUUGUGGGAAUUGACAAAGAUCUCUUACAGGACCAGGGCACAAAUAAUAAUAUAAUAAUCAA